AUGGGGUGCGCCCCAUCGAGGGAUAGCUCGAGGCGCCAGGAGCCAAAGCCUUGUAGCUGCCUGUGCAAUGGAUGCUACCCUUACCUGUGCUGUGGAGCACCGUCGGAGGGACAGACGACGACGUCGUAUGGAGAGAGCUCUGCCGUUCCCCUGCCCGAAGGUGGACACCAAGCGGGAUCAGCAGGAGACAAGCCGGUCAUGCAUGGGUCACACGACUACCACUGGAUCGGCGGCGGAACUUCGGGCAAGAUAGAGACGGGGGCGGCGCACAAGCCGGAAACCCCUGCAGGCGGUGCUGCCGCGAUGGCUCAUGGCGAAGAGAGCAAGAUGGACGUCAACGUCGUGGCUCCCAGCGGGGCUGCAGGUUUGAGCACGGAGGCCACCAUCAGCGCGGCGGGUUCGGCCGCCGGGGACUCUGGUAGGAUCGACUCCUCGGCCAUAAAGAGCGGCGAGAUCUUCGCCUCCACGGGCGGCUCAUCCUCGUACGCGCCCUCAUCGAGCAUCGACCCUGACGCCGCCGCCACCGUCAAGGUCGAGGGCGCGGAGGGAAAGACUCCCAUGGAAUGGAGCGCCAGCGCCGGCGACGCCUCCGCCGACAUGUCGGGAAAGCCCCCCAUCGCAGGGGGCUCCGUGAACACCCCUUCCAUGAGCGAAGGAGUCGAGACACCCUCCAUGAGCGGGGAUGCGCCCUCCAUGAGCGGGGGUGUCGAUGCGCCCUCCAUGAGCGGGGGCGGCGUAGACGCGCCCUCUGGGGGCGUGGACGUGCCCUCCAUGAGCGGGGGCGGCGUGGAUGUACCCUCCAUGAGCGGGGGCGCCACCGGCUUGCCAUCUACUAGUGCCUCGGUAAGCGCCGACAAGCCAGGGCUCGGCAGCUCCUCUUCCGCAGCGAUCGCCGCCCCAAAUGCCUCCGUCUCCGCGCAAGACGGAACCCCGAUCAUGACGUUGCCGCAGUCGAAGCAAGCGGUUGACGCGACGGGUGCGGGCGCAGUAGCCGCGAUGCCCGCCCCUCCUAGCUCCGGCGGCACUCCCUACACCCUAGCCGCGCGAUCGCCCGCCGCGAGCGCGUACGUAGCGAGCAUUUCGACCCCGAAAGCAGACGCGGGCACGACGCCCGAGCCCCGUAUACGCUUUUCUAGCGGCGGGGUCGUCAGCCGACUCGCGGCGGCGAUAGAGCACAAGGGUCCGAGCCCGGUUGUAGGGCGGGAAGGAGCCGGAGGUUUCGGCCGCGGCUCGAGUUUUGCCCUUGAAAAGGAAGGUGGUGGGGCUCCUAACGUGGAGGGAAGUGUCGACGUCCCGGGUGCGGACGCGAACGUUCCGGAAAUGAGAGAUCCCAAGGCACCGGGUGCCGAGGUGACCGGAGUAGGUGGCGACGUCAGCGUUGGGGGCUCGAUGCCCUCGGUAGAAGGCGGUGCAGCAUUGCCGACGGCGAAAGUCGAGGGGGAGAAGGGACACCACAUCCCCGGGUCCGGCAUCCUGCACAGCAUCGCGGACAGCAUGCGCGAGACGGCGGGCAUCCAGCGCCACGACCAACCCUCGGCGGAGCUCCCGGAGGGGGAGGCGCCCGCGCCGGGGAAGGUCGGAAAGAUCACCGCCUCCGUGGCGGAAGCCGCGCAGGUCGCAGGCUGGGGCGUCCAGGGCAUCAAGCCGGAGAAGAAGGGCCGGCCCCGACCGGGGGAGGAGGCGGCGGCGGUGGCCGCCCCGGCGGCUGACGCGUCCGUACCCGCCGUCGAUGCGCCCGCCGUGGACGUGCUCGCGCCCGCCGUAGAUUUGUCGGUCGAGGGCGGCGGCGGCGUGGACGCGCCUAAGGUGGAGGGGGGGUUGACGCUUCCGAGCGGAGAUGCGGACGUCGGGGGCGCGGCCUCACCACGCACCGGUGCUUUGAGCAGCGCCAAGAGGAAGAGCGGAAAGUUCUUCGGUGGCCUGUUCGGCAGAAAGAACUCGAAAUUCGCCGAUGCCGAUGCCGACGUGGACGCCGCUGUCGAUGUCUCCGUGCCCGCUAUCGAGGGCGGCGUUUCGGCUGAAAUGCCUACCGUCGGCGGCGACGGGACCUUGCCACCUGCGGACUUGUCCUUACCUUCGGCGUCUAUCGAUUCGACCUCCGUCGAUGCGCCUUCUGUCGAUGCGUCCGGAGCCGUGAAGGGACCCGACGCCCCCGAUGUGAAGGUGGAGGGCGGGUCUUUGACCGGAAAGUUGACGGCGGGGGCUGCCUCCGUUGGCGCCGCCGCCCUCGGCGCGAUAGGCCUCUACGGCAGGAGCGGAAAGGCUGACGCCGAGGUUCCCAGCGGAGACGCCUCCGUGGAGGUGCCUGGUGUCUCGGUAGAGGCCCCGUCUGUUGACGCCUCCGUGGACGUACCCUCCGUCGCCGCCGACGCCUCUCUCUCCUCGGCAUCGGUAGACCUUCCCUCUGCAGAGGUGGACGCGUCGCUGCCGUCCGCAUCCGUGGAAGUUCCGUCCGGAGGAGUGGACGCUUCCCUGCUGUCGGCGGGUGACCUCUCGGCUGACGUGGGCGCGAAGGCCCCGGACGUGCCUUCGGUCGACGUGCAGAAGCCCAAGAAGGGUCUGUUCGGUGGUCUGUUCGGCUCCAGCAAGGGGAAGAUCGAGGUGCCGGAUGCCGACGUCUCUGCAGACGCGUCGCUGCCCAACGUGAGCGGAUCCCUGCCCGGGGUUUCCGGCGAGGUGCCCGCGCCCGACGUGUCCGGCUCCCUGUCGGUGCCGUCUGGUUCCGUAGAUGUGCCUACGGCGGAGGUGGGCGGAGACAUGCCUUCCACGUCUGUGGACGUGGACAUGCCGUCUGCGUCGGUGGACGCGCCGGACGUGAAGGUGGAGGGCGGCGACGCCUCCUUGACGGCGGGGCUCGCCGCCGGCGGCGCGGCGGCGCUGGCGGGCGUCGGCGCCGCGGUCGGCCUGUCGGGCGACAAGCCGGAUGUUGAGGUGCCGGAUGCCGAUGUUGACGUCUCUGCGCCAAGCGUCGACGUCAACGUCCCCAGCGGAGAAGCCGAACUCCCUGGAGUGGGCGGCGUCUCCGCUGACCUUCCCACCGCUGAAGGUGGCCUCAAGGGUCCUGACAUGCCGGACGUGCCCGAUGUGAGCGGAGACGUGUCCGUGCCUUCGGUGAAAAUGGACGUGCCGCUUGGCUCCGCGAAGGUGCCUUCCGUGGACCUGGCGGGCAAGAUGCACUCUGUCGAAGGAGGCGUCGGUGGUGAGCUUCCCUCCGGCGAUGUGAGCAUGACGGCGCCGGACGUGAAGGUGGAGGGCGGCGACACGUCGCUGACGGCCGGCCUGGCGGCCGGUGGUGUGGCGGCUGUGGGUGCGAUCGGCGCGGCGGUUGGCCUGUCGGGCGACAAGCCGGACGCUGAGCUUCCCUCCGGAGACGUGGACGCCAGUGUUUCCGUCCCUGACGUGCCUUCGGUGGACGUAAAGAAGCCCAAGAAGGGUAUGUUUGGUGGUCUUUUCGGCUCGGGCAAGGCAAAGGUCGAGGUCCCGGACGCCGAUGUUUCUGUGCCUGAGGUCAGCGCGGACGUGUCUGUGCCGGAUGUUUCCGCCGAUGUCUCCGUGCCGGACGUUAGCGGGGACGUGUCUGUGCCGAAUGUGUCUGCCGAUGUCUCCGUGCCUGACGUUACUGGCUCUGUGAAGAUGCCCCAAGUGAGCGGAGAUGUGUCCGUGCCGGACGUGUCUGGCUCGGUCAAGGUACCCUCGGUGGACAUGGACGUGCCGCUCGGCUCUGCCGAAGCGCCUUCCGUGGACCUGGCGGGCAAGAUGCCCUCUGUGGAAGGAGGCGUCGGUGGUGAGCUUCCCUCCGGCGACGUGAGCGUGACGGCGCCGGACGUGAAGGUGGAGGGCGGCGACACGUCGCUGACGGCCGGCCUGGCGGCCGGUGGUGUGGCGGCUGUGGGUGCGAUCGGCGCGGCGGUUGGCCUGUCGGGCGACAAGCCGGACGCUGAGCUUCCCUCCGGAGACGUGGACGCCAGUGUUUCCGUCCCUGACGUGCCUUCGGUGGACGUGAAGAAGCCCAAGAAGGGUCUUUUCGGUGGUCUUUUCGGCUCGGGCAAAGCAAAGGUCGAGGUCCCGGACGCCGAUGUUUCUGUGCCUGAAGUCAGCGCGGACGUGUCUGUGCCGGAUGUUUCCGCCGAUGUCUCCGUCCCGGACGUUUCUGGGUCUGUGGAUGUGCCCGACGUUAGCGGGGACGUGUCUGUGCCUGGCGUGUCCGGCUCUGUAGACGUCCCGGACGUUGCUGGCUCCCUGAAGGUGCCCGAUGUGAGCGGCGAGGUGUCUGUGCCGGGUGUGUCUGGCUCUGUGGAUGUGCCUUCGGUGGACAUCGACGCGCCGUCCGGCUCCGUUGAGGUGCCUUCCGUGGACCUGGCAGGCAAGAUGCCCUCUGUGGAAGGAGGCGUCGGUGGUGAGCUUCCUUCUGGUAACGUGAGCGUGACAGCGCCGGACGUGAAGGUGGAGGGCGGUGACACGUCGCUGGCGGCUGGCCUGGCGGCCGGUGGUGUGGCGGCUGUGGGCGCGAUCGGCGCGGCGGUUGGCCUUUCGGGCGACAAGCCGGACGCUGAGCUCCCCUCUGGAGACUUGGACGCCAGUGUUUCCGUCCCUGAUGCGUCAGUGGACGUCAAAAAGCCCAAGAAGGGUCUGUUCGGUGGCCUCUUCGGCUCCAAGGCCAAGAUAGAGGUCCCGGAUGCCGACGUGUCCGCGCCGGACGUGACCGUCACGGUGCCGGAUAUGGGCGGAGACGUGUCCGUGCCCGGCAUUAGUGGAGAUGUGUCCGGGCCGGACUUAAGCGGCGAUGUGUCCGGGCCGGACGUUUCUGGCUCCCUGAAGGUGCCCGAUGUCAGCGGAGACGUGUCCGUGCCGGACGUUUCUGGCUCGCUGAAGGUGCCCGACGUCAGCGCCGACGUGUCCGUGCCGGACGUUUCUGGCUCCCUGAAGGUGCCCGACGUCAGCGGAGCCGUGUCUGUGCCGGAGGUGUCAGGCUCUGUGGACGUGCCUUCGGUGGAGAUGGACGCGCCGUCCGGCUCCGUGGAGGUGCCUUCCGUGGACCUGGCAGGCAAGAUGCCCUCUGUGGAAGGAGGCGUCGGUGGUGAGCUUUCCUCCGGCGACGUGAGCGUGACCGCGCCGGACGUGAAGGUGGAGGGCGGCGACACGUCGCUGACGGCUGGCCUGGCGGCCGGUGGUGUGGCGGCCGUGGGCGCGAUCGGCGCGGCAGUUGGCCUGUCGGGCGACAAGCCGGACGCUGAGGUGGACGCGGUCAUGCCGUCAGUUGGCGACGUCUCGGCGGACAUUGAUGUGAAGAUGGAUGAUGUCGACGCGAAGGCGCCUUCUUCGGAGAUACUGAAGCCCAGGAAGGGUCUGUUCGGGCUAUCCUUCAAGAAGCUCUCCGGCAAGAAGCUCAAGGUCCCAGAUGCCGAUGUCGCUGUGCCUGAUGUUUCUGGAGAUGUGUCGGUGCCGGACGCUUCCGUGGACGUGUCCGUGCCGGACAUUGACGCCAAGCUGCCCGAGGUUUCCGGUGAACUGUCGGCGCCCGACGUUAGCGUGCCCUCGAUCAGCGGAGACGCCUCUGCCGCGGCGCCUUCGAUCGACGGCAAGAUUCCGUCGGUCGACGUGUCGGGCGUCGAGGUACCUGAAUUACCUCGCCCUAGCGGGGAAAUUUCCGGCUCUGCGCCGGAGUUGCCGUCUGUUGACACGAGUGUGCCGUCGGUUGCGGUUGACAUCCCUUCUGUGGGUGCCAAGCCAUCGAUCGACAUCGAUGCCCCUGCGGUCGAUGUCGGCACCCCAUCGCUGGGUGUAGAAGUACCGUCCGUUGACGUCGAUGCCCCUUCGCUGGGUGUAAACCUGCCGUCGGGCACGUUGGAUGCGGCAGUGCCGUCGGUCGACGUCGACGUUCCGUCUGUCGAGGCUAGCGCCCCGUCAGUGGAUGCGGAAGUACCGUCCGUUGACGUCGAUGCCCCUUCGCUGGGUGUAGACGUGCCGUCGGGCACGUUGGAUGCGGGAGUGCCGUCGGUCGACGUCGACGUUCCGUCUGUCGAGGCUAGUGCCCCGUCAGUGGAUGUUGAAGUACCGUCCGUUGACGUCGAUGCUCCUUCGCUGGGUGUAGACCUGCCGUCGGGCACGGUGGGUGCGGGAGUGCCGUCGGUCGAGAUGGACGUUCCGUCUGUCGAGGCUAGCGCCCCGUCAGUGGAUGUUGAAGUACCGUCCGUUGACGUCGAUGCUCCUUCGCUGGGUGUAGACCUGCCGUCGGGCACGGUGGGUGCGGGAGUGCCGUCGGUCGAGAUGGACGUUCCGUCUGUCGAGGCUAGCGCCCCGUCAGUGGAUGUGGAAGUACCGUCCGUUGACGUCGAUGCUCCUUCGCUGGAUGUAGACCUGCCGUCGGGCACGAUGGACGCGGCAGUGCCGUCGGUCGACGUCGACGCUAGCGCUCCGUCGCUGGGUGUAGAGGUGCCGUCUGUUGCGGCUGACUUGUCGGGUGAGCUCCGACGGAAACGCCCGCUGCACCGGACAGCUCUACCGACAAGACGAUCAAUCGACCGUGGCGUGGACGUGCCUUCGGUGGACAUUAACGCGCCGUCCGGCUCCGUGGAGGUGCCUUCCGUGGACCUGGCGGGCAAGAUGCCCUCUGUGGAAGGAGGUGUCAGCGGUGAGCUUCCCUCCGGCGACGUGAGCGUGACGGCGCCGGACGUGAAGGUGGAGGGCGGCGACACGUCGCUGACGGCCGGCCUGGCGGCCGGUGGUGUGGCGGCUGUGGGUGCGAUCGGCGCGGCGGUUGGUCUGUCGGGCGACAAGCCGGACGCUGAGCUUCCCUCUGGAGACGUGGACGCCAGCGUCUCGGUUCCUGAUGUGCCUUCGGUGGACGUCAAGAAGCCCAAGAAGGGUCUGUUCGGUGGCCUGUUCGGCUCCAGCAAGGGGAAGAUCGAGGUCCCGGAUGCCGACGUUUCUGUGCCGGAUGUUUCCGCCGGUGUGUCCGUGCCUGACGUGAGUGUCUCUGCGCCUGAUGUGAGCGGAGACGUGUCCGUGCCGGACGUGAGCGUGUCUGUGCCUGACGUGGCGGCUGGCAUUUCUGUGCCGGAUGUUUCCGCCGAUGUCUCCGUACCGGACGUGAGCGGAGACGUGUCCCUGCCUGGUGUGUCUGCCGAUGUCUCCGUGCCUGAUGUUUCUGGCUCCCUGAAGGUGCCCGAGGUCAGCGGAGACGUGUCCGUGCCGGACGUUUCUGGCUCCCUGAAGAUGCCUGAUGUCAGCGGAGACGUGUCCGUGCCGGACGUUUCUGGCUCGCUGAAGGUGCCCGAUGUAAGCGGAGACGUGUCCGUGCCGGACGUUUCUGGCUCCCUGAAGGUGCCUUAUGUGGGUGGAGACGUGUCUAUGCCGGAGGUGUCAGGCUCUGUGGACAUGCCUUCGGUGGACAUGGACGCGCCGUCUGGCUCCGUGGAGGUGCCUUCCGUGGACCUGGCGGGCAAGAUGCCCUCUGUGGAAGGAGGCGUCGGUGGUGAGCUUCCCUCCGGCGACGUGAGCGUGACGGCGCCGGACGUGAAGGUGGAGGGCGGCGACACGUCGCUGACGGCCGGCCUGGCGGCCGGUGGUGUGGCGGCUGUGGGUGCGAUCGGCGCGGCGGUUGGCCUUUCGGGUGACAAGCCGGAUGCUGAGCUUCCUUCCGGAGACGUGGACGCGAGUGUCUCCGUCCCUGAUGUGCCUUCGGUGGACGUGAAGAAGCCCAAGAAGGGGCUGUUCGGCGGCCUUUCGUUCAAGAAGCCUUCACUCAAGGGGAAGGCCAAGGUCCCGGAUGUUGAUGUCGCAGCUCCGGACGUCGCUGUGGAUGCGCCUGCGGUCGACGUGAGCGGAUCCCUGCCGGAUGUGUCUGGCGAGGUGUCUGUGCCCGAUGUGAGCAUCACGGCGCCGGACGUGUCUGGUGCUCUCCCUGAUGUCUCUGCGUCGGUCCCGGACGCGUCUGUCGAUGCGUCCGUCCCAGAUGUCUCCGGAGCACUGCCGGAUGUGUCGGGCGAUGUGUCUGUGCCUGAUGUCUCAGGAUCACUUCCGGAAGUUUCUGGUGACGUGUCCGUGCCCGGUGUCUCUGGCUCGCUGCCGGAUGUGGGCGUUGACGUGCCCUCCGUAAGCGGCGACGCCUCUGUGGAGGUGCCUGGUGUCUCGGGAGACCUCCCGCUAUUCGACGCGUCCUUGGACGUACCCUCCGUCUCCGCCGACGCCUCUCUCCCCUCGGCAUCGGUAGACGUUCCCUCUGCAGAGGUGGACGCGUCGGUGCCGUCCGUGGGUGACCUGUCUGCUGACGUGGGGUCUAAGGUUGGCGAUUUGAAGGCGGACCUGAGUGCUAAGAUGGGGGACAUCUCGGCCAAGGCCCCGGAAGUGCCUUCUGUGGAGGUGAAGAAGCCGAAGAAGGGUCUGUUUGGCAGCAUUUUCGGCUCCAGCAAGGGAAAGAUCGAGGUCCCGGACGCGGACGUCUCUGUGCCUGAUGUGUCUGCCGACGUGUCGGUGCCGGAUGUUUCCGCCGAUGUCUCCGCCCCGGAUGUUAGCGGAGACGUGUCCGUACCGGAUGUGUCUGCCGCUGUGUCCGUGCCGGACGUGUCUGCCGAUGUCUCCGUGCCAGAUGUCUCUGGCUCCCUCAAGGUGCCUGAUGUGAGCGGAGACGUGUCCGUACCAGACGUGUCCGUACCAGACGUGUCCGUGCCGGACGUGUCUGGCUCUGUGGAUGUGCCUUCGGUGGACAUCGACGCGCCGUCCGGCUCCGUGGAGGUGCCUUCCGUGGACCUGGCGGGCAAGAUGCCCGAGAUGCCCUCCGGUGACGUGAGCGUGACGGCGCCGGACGUGAAGGUGGAGGGUGGCGACACGUCGCUGACGGCUGGCCUGGCGGCCGGUGGUGUGGCAGCUGUGGGUGCGAUCGGCGCGGCGGUUGGCCUGUCGGGCGACAAGCCGGACGCGGAGCUUCCAUCGGUAGAUGUGGACGCAAGUGUUUCCGCCCCUGACGUGCCGUCGGUCGACGUCAACAAGCCCAAAAAGGGUCUGUUCGGUGGUCUGUUCGGCUCCAGCAAGGCCAAGAUCGAGGUCCCGGACGCCGACGUCGCUGUGCCCGACGUGGCCGCAGACGCGUCGGUGCCGGAUGUUUCCGCCGACGUCUCUGUGCCGGACGUCAGCGGCGACUUGUCCGUACCGGACGUGUCUGGCUCUCUGAAGUUGCCUGACGUGAGUGGAGACGUGUCUCUGCCUGGUGUGUCUGCCGAUGUGUCCAUGCCGGACGUGUCUGGCUCUGUGGAUGUGCCCGAUGUGAGCGGCGACGUGUCCGUGCCGGACGUUUCUGGCUCGCUGAAGGUGCCCGACGUCAGCGGAGACGUGUCCGUGCCGGACGUUUCUGGCUCUCUGAAGGUGCCCGAUGUAAGCGCCGACGUGUCUGUGCCGGACGUGUCUGGCUCUGUGGACGUGCCUUCGGUGGACAUCGACGCGCCGUCCGGCUCCGUGGAGGUGCCUUCCGUGGACCUGGCGGGCAAGAUGCCCUCUGUGGAAGGAGGCGUCGGUGGUGAGCUUCCCUCCGGCGACGUGAGCGUGACGGCGCCGGACGUGAAGGUGGAGGGCGGCGACACGUCGCUGACGGCUGGCCUGGCGGCCGGCGGUGUGGCGGCUGUGGGUGCGAUCGGCGCGGCGGUUGGUCUGUCGGGCGACAAGCCGGAUGCUGAGCUUCCCUCCGGUGACGUGGACGCCAGUGUUUCCCUUCCUGAUGUGCCUUCGGUGGACGUCAAGAAGCCCAAGAAGGGGCUGUUCGGUGGUCUGUUCGGCUCCAAGGCCAAGAUCGAGGUUCCGGAUGCCGACGUCUCUGUGCCGGAUGUUUCUGCCGAUGUUUCUGUGCCGGACGUGACCGCUACAGUGCCGGAUGUAUCCGCCGAUGUGUCCGUGCCGGACGUUUCCGGCUCGCUCAAGGUACCCGACGUGGGAGAUAUUUCUGUGCCGGACGUGAGCGGCUCUCUGCCAGACGUGUCUGGACCGGAAGUCUCCGCCGAUGUGUCCGUGCCCGGUGUUAGCGGAGACGUAUCUGUGCCUGAUGUGUCUGCCGAUGUCUCCGUGCCGGACGUUUCUGGCUCGCUCAAGGUUCCCGAUGUGAGCGGCGACGUGUCCGUGCCGGGUGUUUCUGGCUCGGUGGAUGUGCCCGACAUGAGCGGGGACGUGUCUCUGCCUGGCGUGUCUGGCUCUGUAGACGUUCCGGACGUUGCUGGCUCCCUGAAGGUGCCCGACGUGACCGGCGAUGUGUCUGUGCCGGACGUGUCUGCCGAUGUGUCCGUGCCGGACGUUUCUGGCUCGCUGAAGGUGCCCGAUGUAAGCGGGGAGGUGUCUAUGCCGGACGUUUCUGGCUCUAUGGACGUGCCUUCGGUGGACAUCGACGCGCCGUCUGGCUCCGUGGAGGUGCCUUCCGUGGACCUGGCGGGCAAGAUGCCCUCUGUGGAAGGAGGCGUCGGUGGUGAGCUUCCCUCCGGCGACGUGAGCGUGACGGCGCCGGACGUGAAGGUGGAGGGCGACGACACGUCGCUGACGGCUGGUCUGGCGGCCGGCGGUGUUGCGGCUGUGGGUGCGAUCGGCGCGGCGGUUGGCCUUUCGGGCGACAAGCCAGAUGCUGAACUUCCCUCUGGAGACGUGGACGCCAGUGUCUCCGUCCCUGAUGUGCCUUCGGUGGACGUCAAGAAGCCUAAGAGAGGUCUUUUCGGCGGCUUGUCGUUCAAGAAGCCUCCGCUCAAGGGGAAGGCCAAGGUGCCGGAUGUUGACGUCGCAGCACCGGAUGUCACUGUCGACGCGCCCGUCCCCGAUGUCUCCGGGGCACUGCCGGACGUGUCUGGCGACGUGUCUGUUCCGGAUGCCUCUGGAUCACUUCCGGAAGUUUCUGGUGACGUGUCUAUGCCCGGUGUAUCUGGCUCGCUCCCUGAUGUGGGCGUUGACGUGCCCUCCGUCAGCGGAGACGCCGCUGUGGACCUCCCCACCGCCUCGGUAGAGGCUCCGUCUAUGGAUGCCUCCAUGGACGUACCCUCCGUCACCGCCGACGCCUCUCUCCCCUCGGCAUCGGUAGACGUUCCCAAUGCAGAGGUGGACGCGUCGAUGCCGUCCGUGGGUGACCUGUCUGCCGAUGUCGGGGCUAAGGUGGGCGAGCUGUCGGCAGACGUGGGAGGCAAGGUUGACGACUUGAAGGCAGACGUGGGUGGUAAGGUGGGCGAUCUCUCGGCCAAGGCCCCGGACAUGUCAUCGGUGGAGGUGAAGAAGCCGAAGAGGGGUCUGUUCGGCGGUCUAUCGUUCAAGAAGCCGUCGGGCAAGACCAGCAUCGAGGUCCCGGAUGCUGAUGUCACCGUGCCGGACGUGUCCGCGUCGGACGUGGCUGUGCCCGACGUUGGCGUAGAUGUCGCGAUGCCUUCGAUCGGCGCGGAAGCUUCGGCAGCCAUGCCUACCGUCGACGCCGACAUGCCGUCAGUGGAUGUGUCCAGCGGUGUGGACGUGCCUUCGGUGGACAUGGACGCGCCGUCCGGCUCCGUGGAGGUGCCUUCCGUGGACCUGGCGGGCAAGAUGCCUUCUGUGGAAGGAGGCGUCGGUGGUGAGCUUCCCUCCGGCGACGUGAGCGUGACGGCGCCGGACGUGAAGGUGGAGGGCGGCGACACGUCGCUGACGGCUGGCCUGGCGGCCGGUGGUGUGGCGGCUGUGGGUGCGAUCGGCGCGGCGGUUGGCCUUUCGGGUGACAAGCCGGAUGCUGAGACCCCUUCGGUGGAUGCGAGCUUGACCGCCCCCGACAUCCCAUCCGUGGACGUGAAGAAGCCGAAGAAGAGCAAGUUCGGGUUGAAAAAGCCUUCGUUCAUGAAGAAGGGCAAGACGUCGACUCCGGAGAUUCCGGGGGUGGAUGCCUCCGUGGACGUGCCCUCCGUCAUCGGCGACGCCGCUGUGGACCUCCCCACCGCUUCGGUAGAGGCCCCUUCUAUGGACGCCUCCGUGGACGUACCCUCCGUCUCCGCGGACGCCUCUCUCCCCUCGGCAUCGGUAGACGUUCCCUCUGCAGAGGUGGACGCGUCGAUGCCGUCCGUGGGUGACCUGUCUGCCGAUGUCGGGGCUAAGGUGGGCGAGCUGUCGGCAGACGUGGGAGGCAAGGUUGACGACUUGAAGACAGACGUGGGUGGUAAGGUGGGCGAUCUCUCGGCCAAGGCCCCGGACAUGCCAUCGGUGGAGGUGAAGAAGCCGAAGAAGGGUCUGUUCGGCGGUCUGUCGUUCAAGAAGCCAUCGGGCAAGACCAGCGUCGAGGGUCCGGAUGUUGGUGCGUCCGUGCCCGAUGUUAGCGGAGACGUAGCUGUGCCGGAUGUGCCUGCCGAUGUCUCCGUGCCGGACGUUUCUGGCUCGCUCAAGGUUCCCGAUGUGAGCGGCGACGUGUCCGUGCCGGGUGUUUCUGGCUCUGUGGAUGUGCCCGACAUGAGCGGGGACGUGUCUCUGCCUGGCGUGUCUGGCUCUGUAGACGUUCCGGACGUUGCUGGCUCCCUGAAGGUGCCCGAUGUCAGCGGAGAUGUGUCUGUGCCGGGUGUGUCUGCCGAUGUGUCCGUGCCGGAUGUUUCUGGCUCUCUGAAGAUGCCCGAUGUCAGCGGAGACGUGUCCGUGCCGGACGUUUCUGGCUCGCUGAAGGUGCCCGAUGUGACCGGCGAUGUGUCUGUGCCUGACGUUUCUGGCUCGCUGGAGGUGCCCGAUGUCAGCGGAGACGUGUCUGAGCCGGACGUGGGUGGGGACGUGUCUCUGCCGGGUGUUUCAGCCGAUGUGUCCGUGCCGGACGUUGCUGGCUCUUUGAAGGUGCCCGACGUUUCUGCGGAUGUGUCCGUGCCGGACGUGUCUGGCUCUGUGGACGUGCCUUCGGUGGACAUCGACGCGCCGUCCGGCUCCGUGGAGGUGCCUUCCGUGGACCUGGCGGGCAAGAUACCAUCUGUGGAAGGAGGCGUCGGUGGUGAGCUUCCCUCCGGCGACGUGAGCGUGACGGCGCCGGACGUGAAGGUGGAGGGCGGCAACACGUCGCUGACGGCUGGCCUGGCGGCCGGUGGUGUGGCGGCUGUGGGUGCGAUCGGCGCGGCGGUUGGCCUUUCGGGCGACAAGCCGGACGCUGAGCUUCCUUCCGGAGACGUGGACGCUAGUGUUUCCGUUCCUGAUGUGCCGUCGGUUGAGGUGGAGAAGCCGAAGAAGGGUUUGUUCGGUGGUCUGUUCGGCUCCAGCAAGGCCAAGAUUGAGGUCCCUGACGUUGAUGCUACUGUGCCCGAGGUUUCCGUGCCCGACGUGUCCGUGGACGCUCCAUCCGGAGAAGUGGGUGCUUCCUUGCCGUCUGUGGAUGACCUCUCGGCGGACGUGGGGGCUAAGGUGGGCGACCUGAAGGCAGACCUGGAGGCCAAGGUUGACGACAUCGCUGCCAAGGCUCCGGAUCUGUCUGUGCCUGGCGUUUCUGCCGAUGUCUCCGGCCCGGACGUGACCAUCUCGGCGCCGGACGUGAGCGGCGAUGUCUCCGUGCCGGAUGUGAGCGGAGACGUGUCCGUGCCGGAUGUGUCUGCCGAUGUGUCUGUGCCGGACGUUUCUGGCUCCCUGAAGGUGCCCGAUGUGACUGGGGACUUGUCUGUGCCGGACUUUUCUGGCUCUCUGAAGGUGCCCGGCGUGAGUGGAGAUGUGUCCGUGCCAGAUGUAUCUGCCGAUGUCUCCGUGCCGGAUGUGUCUGCCGAUGUCUCCGUGCCGGACGUUGCUGGCUCCCUGAAGGUGCCCGAUGUCAGCGGCGAUGUGUCUGUGCCGGACGUGGGUGGGGACGUGUCCCUGCCGGGUGUUUCCGCCGAUGUGUCCGUGCCGGACGUUGCCGGCUCUCUGAAGGUGCCCGACGUGAGCGGAGACGUGUCCGUGCCGGACGUGUCUGGCUCUGUGGACGUGCCUUCGGUGGACAUCGACGCGCCGUCCGGCUCCGUGGAGGUGCCUUCCGUGGACCUGGCGGGCAAGAUGCCCUCCGUGGAAGGAGGCGUCGGUGGUGAGCUUCCCUCCGGCGACGUGAGCGUGACGGCGCCGGACGUGAAGGUGGAGGGCGGCGACACGUCGCUGACGGCUGGCCUGGCGGCCGGCGGUGUGGCGGCUGUGGGUGCGAUCGGCGCGGCGGUUGGCCUUUCGGGCGACAAGCCGGAUGCCGAGGCCCCUUCGGUGGAUGCGAGCUUGACCGCCCCCGACAUCCCAUCCGUGGACGUGAAGAAGCCGAAGAAGAGCAAGUUCGGGUUGAAAAAGCCUUCGUUCAUGAAGAAGGGCAAGACGUCGACUCCGGAGAUUCCGGGGGUGGACACUUCGAUUGACGUGCCCUCCGUCAGCGGAGACGCCGCUGUGGACCUCCCCACCGCUUCGGUAGAGGCCCCUUCUAUGGACGCCUCCGUGGACGUACCCUCCGUCACCGCCGACGCCUCUCUCCCCUCGGCAUCGGUAGACGUUCCCUCUGCAGAGGUGGACGCGUCGAUGCCGUCCGUGGGCGACCUGUCUGCCGAUAUCGGGGCUAAGGUGGGCGAGCUGUCGGCAGACGUGGGAGGCAAGGUUGACGACUUGAAGACAGACGUGGGUGGUAAGGUGGGCGAUCUCUCGGCCAAGGCCCCGGACAUGCCAUCGGUGGAGGUGAAGAAGCCGAAGAAGGGUCUGUUCGGCGGUCUGUCGUUCAAGAAGCCGUCGGGCAAGACCAGCGUCGAGGUGCCGGAUGUGCCCGAUGUACCCUCCGUGGAAGGAGGCGUCGGUGGUGAGCUUCCCUCCGGCGACUUGAGCGUGACGGCGCCGGACGUGAAGGUGGAGGGCGGCGACACGUCGCUGACGGCUGGCCUGGCGGCCGGCGGUGUGGCGGCUGUGGGUGCGAUCGGCGCGGCGGUUGGCCUUUCGGGCGACAAGCCGGACGCUGAGGUGCCUGGCGUGGACGCGCCAUCCGUGUCAGCGCCUGAUGUCACGGCGUCGAUCCCCGACGUUUCCGGGGAAGUGACGGCACCUGGCCUGAGCGUCUCGGCACCCGACUUGUCCGUGCCGGAUGUUUCUGCCGACGUUACAGUGCCGGACGCCACCGCCGCUCUGCCGGAUGUUAGCGGAGGUGUCUCUUUGCCGGAUGUCUCGGGGGAUGUCUCCGUGCUUGACGUGGACGUCUCUGCGGCUGACGUGAGCGGGGAUGUUUCCGUGCCGAACGUCAGCCUCUCUAUGCCGGACGCCAGCGCCGACGUGUCUGUGCCGGACGUCUCUGCCGGUGUCUCCGUGCCGGACGUCUCUGGCUCUCUGAAGGUACCCGAUGUGAGCGGAGACGUGUCCGUGCCGGACGUGUCUGGCUCCCUGAAGGUGCCCGAUGUCAGCGGAGAUAUGUCCCUGCCUGGUGUGUCGGCCGAUGUGUCCGUGCCGGACGUUUCUGGCUCCCUGAAGGUGCCCGAUGUGAGCGGAGACGUGUCGGUACCGGGUGUGAGCGGAGAAAUGUCCCUGCCUGGUGUGUCGGCCGAUGUGUCCGUGCCGGACGUUGCUGGCUCCCUGAAGGUGCCCGAUGUCAGCGGGGACGUGUCUGUGCCGGACGUGAGUGGGGACAUGUCCCUGCCUGGUGUUUCUGCCGAUGUGUCUGUGCCGGACGUUGCUGGCUCCCUGAAGGUGCCUAAUGUGGGUGGAGACGUGUCUGUGCCGGAGGUGUCUGGCUCUGUGGACGUGCCUUCGGUGAACAUGGACGCGCCGUCUGGCUCCGUGGAGGUGCCUCCCCUGGCAGGCAAGAUGCCCUCUGUGGAAGGAGGCGUCGGUGGUGAGCUUCCCUCCGGCGACGUGAGCGUGACGGCGCCGGACGUGAAGGUGGAGGGUGGCGACACGUCGCUGACGGCUGGCCUGGCGGCCGGUGGUGUGGCGGCUGUGGGUGCGAUCGGCGCGGCGGUUGGCCUUUCGGGCGACAAGCCCGAGGGCGAAGUGGCGGCCGAGCUGCCGGAGGGAGACGUCAAGCCCAACUCCCUGCCCGAGUUCGACGCCAACGUUACCACGGGCUCCUUCGAGGCGACGACUCCCGGCGGGACCAAGCGGAGCAAGCGGGGUAGCUUCUCGAAGAUCUUGAAGCCUUUCGGGUACAUGAAGAAGAGGCUGAGUUCCUCCCCCAAGUCCUCCGAGUCUGGUGCCGGCUCUUUCCCCAAGGUAGACGCCGCCAGCGCCAUCGAUGUGGAGGCGCCCUCCUUUACUGCAGACGUGCCCGUGCCCGUGCCCGUGGAAGGUGCCCCGGAUGUUUCGGUUGACGUGGGCGGCGAGACCGAGGGCAUCUUUGCCGCAACCUCGGGAGAAGCGCCGUUGGUCGACGUUGCUGCGCCGGGCGUAGAGGCGUCCGCCUCCGCACCGGCCCUGUCCGUGUCCGCCCCCAGCGACGACGCUGUCAAUUCCUCGGGGCUCGAUAGCUCCAGGCUGUCGGCCGCCUUUGGCGCGGCUCUCGGAGCCGUCGACGACGGCGGUGCCGUCAGCGAGGGUGACAUCGACGUUGGGAGCGGCAGCGCCGCUCUGCCGGCGUACGGGGAGGUCGAGGGAGGAGCGGCGACUGGUAUUCCCGGGGUUAACCCUGGGACCACCGCCGGCGUAGCGGCCGACGCAGACGCACCGGGAAGCGCUUUGAGCUUCGAGAAGAAGCUCGUGGCCGCUCUCGACGCGGCCGGCGUGCCCGUCGCCGAAGACGACAAGCCGCCGGCUGCCUCCGGGGUAGAGGCCCCUAGCCCCGCUGAUGCGGCGGAGGCCCCCGCCCCCGCCCCCCGCAUCAAGGAGCGCAAGAAGUCCGGAGGCGUGUUCGGGUAUCUGUUCGGAGGCGGCGGUGUGAAGCGCGAGGAGGAUGCUUACGAGUUCCCCGAGGAACAGACUGCGGACGCGCCCAAAGAUGCCGCCACGGAGGCCGGCGACGGAACGGCCUCUGGCCUGAACGCUUCGGCGGCGGCGUGGACCCCCGGGGGGGGGAGCUCGGGUACCUACAUGGAAGUCUCGGCCACGGCACCCCCACCGAUGGACGUCGGCGCGGGGGAACCGGCCGCCGCCGGCGGCGAAGGAAACAUGCUGACGUCUAUUCUUUUCGGCUCCGGGAAGGACGGAGAAGCGCCGUCGUCGACGGUCCAGCCCCCUGACGCUGCGGCCGUUGAGGCGGCGGCUAGCGCGGAGGGGUCCCCUGAGAAGAAGGGCGGCGUGUUCGGCUUCAUCGAGAAGGUUGCGGAAGCGGUGGGCCUCGUUUCUUCGGACGACGAGGACGAAGGGGAGACCAAGCCCGCUGCUGAUGCCGCCGCCGCCGCCGCUUCGACGACCAGCCCUGCCGCUGCUGCUAAGUAA